UCUUGUCUGUGAUUUGUUAAAGAAAUUUUAAGAUUUUUAUAAUUUUCCUGUGUAUCUUUAUUGUCGCAUUGCUGCAGUUGCAAAUAAUUUGGCUACGUUCUGAUUGAAUAAUUUUAUUUAAUUAAAUUGUAUUAUAAUUUUAGUAGUUUUUGUAAUAAAUCCAAAAAGAACUUGAUGACAUUUUGUUAGUGUCUUCGGUCUUACAUAGUGCAGAGGAAAAUAUGGAUGAUACAGUAAUAUCGCCAGGGCAUAAGAUGGGUGAUUCGGCCUCGGAGAGCGAUUCGAGUUCUCUCGACGGAGGAGCUAUGUUACCUCCCAGCACUGUUACACGAGACCAACUUCAAAAAAGAAUUGAGUCACUACAGCAACAAAAUAGAGUAUUGAAGGUUGAACUUGAUACAUACAAGUUAAGAGUAAAAGCACUUCAAGAAGAAAACCGAGCCUUAAGACAAGCUUCAGUGUCAAUACAAGCGAAAGCAGAGCAGGAAGAGGAGUAUAUAUCUAACACUCUAUUGAAAAAAAUUCAAGCUUUAAAAAAGGAAAAGGAAACACUUGCUCAUCAUUAUGAAAGGGAGGAGGAAUGCCUUACAAAUGAUCUUUCUAGGAAAUUAAAUCAGUUGCGACAAGAAAAGUGCAGAUUAGAGCAAACAUUGGAACAGGAACAGGAAUGUUUGGUCAACAAAUUAAUGAGAAAGAUAGAGAAACUUGAAGCAGAAACUCUUGCAAAGCAAACUAAUUUAGAAAGACUUAGGAGGGAAAAGGUCGAAUUGGAAAAUACUUUAGAACAGGAGCAAGAAGCCCUAGUGAAUAGAUUAUGGAAGAGGAUGGAUAAGCUUGAAGCAGAAAAACGUUCCUUACAAAUAAGACUGGACCAACCCGUCUCGGACCCAGCAAGUCCCAGGGACAUUAGUAAUGGAGAUACAGCGUCAAAUCUUAGUAAUCAUAUUCAGACAUUGAGGUCCGAAGUGGUCAAAUUAAGAAACCAAUUGGCGGUGUCACAAAAUGAAAAUAAAGAGAAAAUGCAACGCUUUGCCUUAGAAGAGAAACAUAUUCGUGAAGAAAAUAUUCGCUUGCAUCGAAAACUGCAACAAGAGGUGGAGAGACGCGAAGCGCUGUGUAGGCAUCUGUCGGAAAGUGAGUCUUCGCUCGAAAUGGAAGAGGAAAGGCAGUUUAAUGAGGCUUUUAAUGCGCGAUCGCGCAGCGUGUCAUCUCCGGGUGGGUCGCGGCCACUGUCUCCCUACGCCACGCCUUUGAUGCCCACAGGGCUGCCACUAUCUCGACCAGUAUUGCAUUUCAAUUCGCAGCAAGGCCGUCGGCCAAGCGAGCGGUUCGUGAAGCCGGCCGUCCCAGGGGCGAUCGGUUUGCCCCGAGGGCCAUUUGAAGUUCCCGCUCCGGCCCCGGCCCCACUUUCCCCGGCUCUGUCCCCGGGGAUGCCUCAACCAGCUAGCCCCAUGGACACAUCCUCUAAGGACUGAAUGACCACUGAUACCCCUAGUAUGAGAUUUUGUUAUGUUUAUUACCAUCGUGUAUCGCCCGUUUAAUUCCAUUCGUUUUGAGCAGUCAAUUGUCAAAUUUGAAUGACGUUUGACAUGUAUGUUAUAGAAUACGUUUUUUAUUCUGGACCCCAAUUUAUUUGAUAAUAUAGGUUUUUCCACGUCAAUAUAUAUCACAUACAUUUGUAUACAUUUUUGUUACGAUAUUACCUGUACAUGUUUAUGACAUGACUAAAGGUUAACAUUGAUGCGUAAUUAUGUCAUUAAUGAUUUUAAAUUAUUUUAUAGUCUGUGGAUAUAUUAAAGUUUGUAUUGUCUGACAUAAACCGAGGAAACAAAAAUCUUUUCCUGGCUUUUAGUAGAUCUAUUCUAAAAUGGCUGGUGAUUCUACCAGUCAUUAAUACUUUCUAAUUCAAUUUGGAAUAAACUAUUUAAUUUAACUGACAAAAUUGGGGUCCAAGGUAGAAAUGUUUUAUCUGUCAUAAUCGAAUAAACUUUGCCGAUGUGUCAAAUUUAUUGUCAAAGUCAUUUUUGAUCUGUCAAAAAGUAUCUUACGAAAUUAAUCGAAUUAUUUAUUAAACUGUCUCUUUUCAUCACAACGUAAACAUAAUUUAAGAGAAAGAGACGAAAGUGCUCUAGGGAAAUAUGAACAAGACGGGGAAUUGGUGUUGAAUGAUUUGACAUAUUAAACGAAUAACUUCGAUAAUAAUUUAUAUUUAUUUUGAAAAAAACGUAUGUUUUGAUCAUUCUAGGGGAUGCCUUUCGCGGCCGCCAUUUAGAUUAUUACUUAAUGGAAAUACAAUGCGCGCCUUGUUAAAAUCAGCUUUUUCGUAUACAAAAAUUACUUAAAUAUCCUUUUUAAAUUAUAUCUUAAAAUCAAAAUCAAAACUUAUAUAUUUGGUUAAUUCCGAGUUUUACAUCAUACAUUAAUUUACCGUUUUCUAAAAUAGUUUAAAAAUCAUGGAGACACGGAAACAUAGAUGUUUAUUGUGCAGCGACGACGAAUAACGCCUGAUUUCAAUAUUUAAAAACCAAUCGUAGUUGCAACUACUCGUAUAAUUUCUACAAGUACUAUUAUGACUAGCAUUAAGAUGAAAAAGGCAACGGACUAGAUGGUAUAUAUCUUCUUUACACCUCUGUUACAUUCUCUUCUUCUCUCUUCCAACUCUCUUUACUUUGCAUACAACGUCAAUUUAUUUGGUGAAUUAUUAAAUGAAUAAAUUGUAUUGAAAAACGCGCAUUGUACUUUCAGUUGGUACUUUCUAAGAAAUCAAGGAUUUGUAGAUUUAGAAGUCAAAAUAAUUCUUUUUUGUUUUGUUGUAAUACUCUGUGAAAAUGUGUUGGUAGUCUAUACAGAUCGAUAGCGUCUGUGGUCCUUAAUGUUGAGUUCUUGUUCUUUACAUAUGAAAUUAAGUUUUUCUACGGACCCGCGGCCUCCUUGUAUGAGCGUGUUUUUGACCCCUUUAAGAACUACGACCGGGAUGUGUCAGUUUAUACCUAGGUCUAGCACAGUAGACGCGGGAACCAGGAAAAGUCUGUCAUACUUUAGCAGUGAUUUGAAACUAAUUAAAAAUAAAGGAUUUUUUUUUUUUUUUUUGAGCGUUAUUGGAAUUUAUAGACCGGAGCUUUGGUUCUGGAGAAAUUAAAAUUAUUUGUGAUCUGUGUAUAUUUAGAUACUUGUCUGUGCGUUAAGAUAAAAAAAGAGUUAUUUUGACUUUUGAAUACUAAAUCAGGGUCGAUUUAUUUAUUGUUUUUUUUUGUUCUAACAAUAUUUUUAUAUUAUGUUUUCAUGUUAAUGGAAUUGAGUAUGCUCUGGCGGAGCACAAAAAUAGUUUUUAAUGUUGUAUGCGGGCUUUCAUUUUGAUCAUGACAUUUUAACUGUGGUUGUUUUUCGAAUUCUAUAAAUCCAGUAAUUGUUAAUGUUUUUCAAACAAUGAAAACGUUAUGAACAAGGAUUUUUCGCAGGAAUGGUAAAUGUUUCGGCUUGGUAGUCACAGGACUUAGUGUCUUCUGUGGGAGGGUGGGGUCUUAUAGGGAUCUGCGGUUACAGUUAACUUUUUUUUAGCAUUCUCGUUAUAUUGUUAACAUGUUUAAGAUGUUUUGAUCAAAUCUUCUAACAUACUCGCGGUUGGUCUAUCAGCUUACGGCUUAAUAGAUGUAAUUAUUUCAUUGUAUGCGGCUAUAAGGCGACAUAUAAUUGUGCACAUUUUGCGUCCUCGUGUAUAAUACGUGCACAUCGCUCACUGCCUUUUAGAUUAUGUACGAUCCUUUGUGGAUAUUGUGUAAUUCACUGAGAGAACCUUGCUACCUUGUUUCAUAAUGCAGCGCGGCUAUAAUUCAAAUUUAGAAUGCGUUUUUGAAAAUUGGAACAACAUCGUGCGGUUUAAGAAUGGAAAACAAAAGACGACCGCGUAAUUCGUUUGUUUUUUGAAUGGACGCUUCUGAUAAUGGAGCAACGUUUUACUUGAAACUGGCAUAUAAGUUAUAAA